AUGUUGGGACAUAAACACACAGCACCAUCUAGUUCCAUGCAAUCUCCAAGAAGAUUGUAUACGUGGACUUCACCAUUACAUUCACCGAAGAAGAUCGUCCGUAAUCAAAUUGAUUAUAUUCUUAUAAACAAAAGAUAUCGCAACAGUUUAACAUCAGUUAAAACCUACCCAGGCGCCGAUAUUGGAUCUGAUCACAAUCCGGUUGUUGCAUCCCUUCGCUGUAGUAUGAAAACUCUAAAACCUAAAUCAAAAAGACAACAAAUGGAUGUGACCAGACUUAAAGAACCGGAAAUACGGCUUAAAACAGCUACAGAAAUAAAUAUGGCUGUUGACCGCUUGAACAAAGAACUUGGUCCUAAUGUUGACGUAGAAGAGACAUGGACUAAAUUAAAGGAAAAGCUUGUUAAUACUGGUAAAAGAAUUCUCCAACCAUUAAAAUGUAAAAUAAAAAACCGCUGGAUCACUGAGGAGAUUUUAAGCCUAAUGGAACAGCGCAGAACCCACAAAGGAGUAGACGAUCAACAAUACAAAUACAUACACAAGUUAAUCCAAACAAAAGACUUGAAGCGGAAGAAAAAUGGAUGGUUGACCAAUGCAUUGCGA